CGAAUUUAUUGAGGUAUAAAAAAUAUUGUAGCGCAUAAAAAUUCAGUGGUUAUGACAUUUUGGUAUUGGCAUUUUAGUUAAAUAAAAAAUGAAACUGCAUAAAAUCGAUUUUGAAAUUAAGUAAAAAUAGAGAUGAGUAAAAAAAUAAAUAAAAAUUAUUAACGAGCAUUUGAAUAAUUAAAUAAUAGAAGUAGGUCAUGACAAUAAUGACUAUGAAUUUUUAAAGACCAGCAUUGUCUAGACUAUGUAAAAUUUAUAUCUACGUCUUUCAGUAGAAUCAAUAGUAGUUAGGUCAGACGAAUUUCCGCGUAACGAGGACAGUAACGAGAAUAACGGUAUCAAGACCCCAAUUAAACUCGCAUUUCAAUCGAGCCAUCCAAUCAACCUGCUUCUCAUUUUGUUCCUUUUGUAUUAUACAUAUAUAUGUGAUUAUAUGUCUGUAUCUAUAGAUCCAUACACAUUUUACCCUGUCAUUAUCCUCAAUUCGAUGCAUCGCCUGGAGGAUUCAAUGCUACAGAGUUCACAUUAAAGAGCGUGUCUGUCUCAAUACAACUCGCGAUACAAAUAUCAGAUCGAUUACUCUGCCUACUCUUAUACUUUUGUUCUUAUCCUUCAUUGUAUCAAUCUCUUUUCAAAGACGUGAAUGUUUUAUCUCUGCUGUACAAAUAAAAGAAUGUCGAUAUUUCAUUGGACUUUUUUUUUUAUUAUAAUUACUGGGCAUUAUUUAUUAAUUAUUUAAUUAAUUUUUUUGAUACUUUUAAGGAUAUUAUUUAUAAAAUAAAAAAUGAAUAAAAAAAUUUUGAGUGUACGUGGGUAUAAAAUUCACGGAAUAAAAGACAGCAGAUGGACUAUCAAAGAUAAAAUUUAUCAGUAUAAAGGAGCGAUAAAAUUGUAUGGAAAACAAAAAAAAAUAAAAGCUAUUGAAGCAGCGAGGCAGCGUAAAAAAUUAUCGAAAGAAAUAAAAAUUUUGCGGGAUGAAAUUAGAGAGUACAGAGAAAUCCUCAAAGAAGUGGAAAGUGGUGAUCGAAGACGCAUGCACCAGGUGUUGCAGAAUGACAAAAAUCUACAGUUGGCUUAUCAAGACCGGGACCCAAUCGUUGUCUACCGCGCGAUUAAUCAGGACUUUAGUUUACGACGUAAACAGUUGGAUGAGUUGCUAUACUUUAAGAAAAUUAAAAUGAAAGAAUUUUUUGAUCUUAAGUUAGAAUGGACAUUUCUAAUGAAUGAAUAUGAAGAGCAAAACCGUCUAAGAGAACCAGAUCGUCAUCAACAAAAAUUAGCGGCGCUCUAUCAAAAGUAUGUCGCUAAUAGAAAUUAUGCUGAAUCAAUUCGUACGACUUAUUUAGCGAUGGUUAAAAUAUUAAAAAAGGAUACAGUUUAUUUCAAUGCAAUAAUAGAAGCUUUAAAAGAAGAUAAAAUGGAACAAUGCAAAGUACUACUUCGUGGAAUAUUUAUGGGUCAGUUAGCAGCUGAAGAGUUGGAUGAUACUCGAGAGAAAUAUAAGAGAAUGGCUCGUGAUGUUUGGAAAAAUAUGAAGGAGAGAGAGCGAACAUUAAAUAUUGUACGCAGUCGGGUUGAUAAUCUCCGGUCUGAUAUACGAGAACUUGUACAAGUGGAGAGUAAUCCAGAAUUAAUGGCGAUGGCUAGAAAAUUGCGAGAUGAUGAUGAUGGAUUGGAAGAAAAUAUUAAAAUUUUGGAAGAAACUUUUGCUAAAGUUAAAGAAAUUUUGAUGGCGAGGUCUUAUGAUGAAUUAUUUGACAGAUUUGAAGAACAGGCGAGACAAAAAAAACGUUUACUUAAAAAGUUGGAAAAUAAUCUCGAAGAACGUGAAUUAUUAUUGAAUAAAAAAAACUGCGCGACAUUAAUUCUCGCUGAUUUAAAUAAUUCACUGAUAUCAGCUAGUGGAGAAUAUGACAAAUAUAAAUCUGAUAAAAAGGAAAUGUUGGAAGAAAUAAAAAUGUCAAAAAAGCGAGAAGAAGAUUUUAUAAAACUAGAAAAAUCACGCAGUGAAUUAUUGAUAAAUAUUAAAUGUGGGUUACAAAAUAUACUUGCAAUGAUGAUUUUUAUAAGACCUGGUCUAGGCGGCAAGAAAUCACCUCGUGAAAAAAAACGCGACAAACGUAAACCUUCAGAUUUAAGUGACGGUAAAAGUAGUUCGAGAAAACCCAAAAGUCAAUUUAUCGAUAACGCUGACUAUCAAUUGGAAAAAUUUGAUUCCGAUGUUUUAACGCUGCUUAAUCAAGUGACUAAGAAAGCUAACAUACUUUUUGGACUGUCAAAUUUCGAAAUGACCCCAGAAGAUGAAGAAAAGGCGAAAAAUUUAUACCAAAGUUACGUCGCUGAGAAAAGGUCGAAAAUUUACCACAAUAAUCACGCGGCGGAACGAAAAGUAAUGACAGUUGAGCACGUAUGUGUGGACUCGUCAGUUAUGUCAAGAGCUGACAUCAAAAACCAAAGUAAAAAUAUUGUUGAAAUGUAUUCAAGAACUGACUAAUUAUUUGGAAAAAAAUAUACACUGCAAUAAUUCAUUAAAUUUUUUUAUUCAAUAUAAUAAUGUACUUACGG